CCACUAGCAGUUGCUCGAAACGAGGAUGUCAAUUGUACAGAACAUGGACUGUAUGCAAUACCGACCGUAUCCAAAGACUUGGUAGCCUAUUUAUAAUAUCAAACUCUGUGAUCAUACCAACUAAGUUACAUACACAACUAAAUUACUUCACAUAUGUCGUUUACUUCACUGCUGAUUUAUGUAUCGGAUCGCUAAUUACGUGUAGCUCAUCAUAUCUUUAUCAAAAGACCUAGGAAGGUUCUCCUUUUUGCUUUCUGCGUUGAUAUUCCUGCUCGCUGUAGAGGUAGAUGUCUUCGGUAUUGCGGAAGAUUUUGAGUAUGACUACGAUGGUGUCAUUGCCGAUGACUACAGUGACUGGAACAGAACCAUCCGGGACCUCAUCACUAUACUGCCGGGAUAUAACUGCACGGGGGAUCCAACAUGGCCGUAUGGCGAGGAGCAGAUUUUCCCCUGUCAAAUUCUUCCUCCGUCGGAAUCAUCUCCAAACUCCGAUGGGCGUUCCCAAGGGUAGAACUAGAAGCCUACAAUGUAGAUGCAAGCAAAGCUGUCUUCUUUCUCAUCCUUGCUGUACAUGCUGUACUGCCAAUCCAAGCUGAAAUAAAGCCAAGUCUUGAUCCAAAUCAACCACAGGAAAAACAGGCAGGAGGUGAAGAUCAACACCCAUAUCAAAUCACCACAUUUGUGAUUGUCGUUCUCAUGCUUGUCAUGAUGGUGAUUGGCAUGAUUGGGGUCAUUUGGUUUUGUGCCAAAACGAACCGUACGGGAACAGACCAACAUCAAUUAUCACCUUAUGUAAAAUUUACGUCAAGUGAUGUAGAAAAUGGUGAUGGAGAAGCUGAGACAAACAAUGAGGAGGAACAAGUGCCAGAACUGGAUCUGCCUACAAGUUCUCAGCCAGGUGCAUGCAUUGCUUCUAUUUCUGCAUCUGUGGCACACGGCACAAGCACUUCCAACCCGCCCCAAAACCAAGACCCAUAUGAGAAGAGUGCGACUGAAAUUCACACUGUCAUUGAUGGAAAUAACAACACCGUACACAUCUCCUCAGGUGUUCGGUACUACAUGAACAGCGGCUACACCACACUCCACAGUGACACAGACUGCGGGUGAAAGAACUUCGCAAGCAAACAAGUCUGCCACCAUCGGAUGACCUCUACAGGGUGAGUCAAGAAGAGCGAAACCCACAUGUCGGGACCAUUGUUUUAGUGAAAUUCUG